AUGGUUGACAUUACCAAGUAUCUCUCAGAGCUGAACGUCAAGCUGCAGGGCCCCAACCAGCUUCUCAGCUCUCUGCUUUCAAACGUGAAAUCCUUUGAAGCUAAAUUAAAGCUGUGGAAAGUGCAACUCGAAAGAAGUAACACUGUGCAUUUCCCCACUCUGCAAGAACAAAAUCCUUCUACAACGGAUGAAUAUGCUGGUGAGUGUGCGAAACUAAUUGAGGCAUUUAGUGAAAGGUUCAAGGACAUGAAAAGUAAACAACAGGAGUUGAACAUCUUCGCUACACCAUUUAAUGUGGUACCAGCUGAUGUGCCUGAUAACCUGCAACACGAAAUAAUUCAGCUGCAAAGUGAUGAUGAGCUGAAAGCUAGGUACAACAACCUCUCACUGCUUGAGUUCUACAGACGUUACCAACCUCCCAAAUAUGCCAUCAAGCCCCAUUGGGAGGGGGAAAGUGGUACGUGUGAACUAGUUCGUGCUAGAUUUUGGGAAACAGGGAAACAGGCAGAUUGGCUCUUUCUUAUUCACAGAGGCACUGUAGCAGACCACACAGUCAGCUUUGUCACUAGUUGA